CUGGGUUAUUGGUUUUCAAGCCGACAUCCUCUCUCCUGAUUGGGCAGGAAGGUGUCGGAGAAAACAGGCUGAGCGGAGGGAGAAGACGGAUCCAACAGCAGUUUAUCUCCUCUCAGUCUCCACUGACUCUGCUGCUUGUUCCUGUACGCACCGAACUGAGGACUGAGAUGUGACUGCUCACCGGAGGAAUACAGCGUGUCUCCCUGGGAUUUCUCUAUUUUAUUCUCUGCCGGCCGGAUGAUGGGAGCGGACAGGCGUGGAGGGAUCUUGGCCGUUCCGGCCACUUGGGUUGCGCUGCUUCUCUGUGUGAUUACUCUUGUGUGCGCAGUGGAAGAGACAGUGAUGGAUACACGGACGGCGACAGCUGAGCUCGGCUGGAUAUCGUUCCCUGCCAAUGGAUGGGAGGAGGUGAGCGGCUAUGAUGAAAACCUCAACACCAUCAGGACUUACCAGGUGUGCAAUGUAUUUGAGCCAAGCCAAAACAACUGGCUGCUCACCACAUACAUUGACCGGCGGCACGCUCAACGCAUCUACGUGGAGAUCCGCUUCACAGUACGGGAUUGUGCUUCCAUACCAAGUGUCCUGGGCUCCUGCAAAGAGACGUUCAAUCUUUACUACCUGGAGACUGACAGGACUGUGUCAGAGAGCAUCAAAGGGGUGGAGUAUUGGGCCAAUGCCCCAUUUUUAAAGGUGGACACCAUUGCAGCCGAUGAGAGUUUCUCCCAGGUGGAUUUUGGGGGUAGGCUGAUGAAGGUGAACACUGAAGUUAGAGGUUUCGGACCUCUCUCCAAGGGCAAAGGCUUUCACUUGGCUUUCCAGGAUCUGGGUGCUUGCAUGUCCCUUCUGGCAGUUCGAGUAUUCUACAAGAAAUGUCCAAGCAUUGUACAGAACUUUGCUUUUUUCCCUGAGACGCUGACAGGAGCAGAGUCCACAUCCUUGGUUAUCUCCCGAGGAAGCUGCAUUUCAAAUGCUGAGGAGGUAGACGUGCCUAUAAAGCUCUAUUGUAACGGAGAUGGAGAGUGGAUGGUCCCGAUUGGCAGCUGCAGCUGUAAGGCAGGCUAUGAACCAGACAAUGGCAACGUGUGUCGAGCUUGUCCUCAGGGCACCUUUAAGUCGUCCCAGGGGGCAGGAUUAUGUCAGCAGUGUCCGCUCAACAGUCGCUCCACCAUCGAAGCUGCCACCCUCUGUGGUUGUCGGAAUGGAUAUUACCGUGGAGACAUGGACAAACCAGAGGACAUGUGUACCAGCGUUCCCUCUGCUCCUCGCAAUGUGGUCUCAGUGGUGAAUCAGACGUCGGUGAUCCUGGAGUGGCACUCGCCACGCGACACCGGGCACCGUGACGACCUGUCAUACAACGUUGUGUGCCGGCGUUGCCACAGCAGCGAGCGGCGGGCAUGCCAGCCAUGCGAUGACAGCGUGGUUUAUACUCCAGGCAAGGAGGCGUUGAAGGGAACAAGGGUGGAAAUCAGCAAGCUUCGUGCUCACACGUCGUACACCUUUGACAUUCAGGCAGUCAAUGGAGUGUCCAAUAAGAGUCCUUAUCCUGCCCAACAGCUGUCAAUCAACAUUACAACCAAUCAGGCAGCUCCCUCUGAGGUUCCCAUAAUGCACCAAGUGAGCUCAACGAGCCGCAGCUUCUCUCUUUCAUGGCCGCCACCCGAGCAGCCCAACGGGAUCAUCCUCGACUACGAGAUCAGAUACUACGACAAGUUCCAGUCGUCGUUGCUGAACAGUUCAGUGGUCCAGAGCGAUAUACCCAACGUGGUCCUUGAGGGCCUCAGGCCUGGCACCGGCUACGUGGUCCAGGUGAGGGCCCGCACCGUGGCAGGCUACGGAGCCUACAGCAAAGAGAUGCUCUUCCAGACCCUCACAGACGAUGAGUACAAGUCAGAGCUUGGACAGCAGCUCUACCUGACUGCAAGUUCUUUAGUAGGCGGAGUGUGUAUCGUCUCUCUGGUAGCUCUCGCUAUCGUAUGUACCAGGAGGAGACAUUUGAAGGAGAGUGUGUAUGGCGACAAGCUGCAGCAGUACAACACAGGAGGAGAAGUGACUCUGAGGCCAGACAUGUUUAGCGGUCCCACCCCCACUGUGACUUUUCCCACCCUGUCUGAGGGUCGCAGUUCACCAGGGGUCAAGAUCUAUAUUGACCCCUUUACCUAUGAAGAUCCCAACGAGGCGGUGCGGGAAUUUGCCAAAGAAAUCGACCCCUCUUGUGUCAAAAUAGAGGAAGUCAUCGGAUCAGGUGAGUUUGGGGAGGUGUACAAAGGUCGCUUGAAACCUCUUGGAAAAAAAGAAAUCCCCGUAGCGAUCAAGACCCUCAAGGUGGGCUACUCUGAGCGUCAGAGGAGAGACUUCUUGGCCGAGGCGUCGAUCAUGGGCCAGUUCGACCAGCCGAACAUCAUCAGACUGGAGGGCGUGGUCACAAAGAGCAGACCGACGAUGAUAAUCACAGAGUUCAUGGAGAACGGCGCUCUGGACUCAUUCCUGAGGCAAAACGACGGUCAGUUCCCAGUCAUCCAGCUGGUCGGCAUGCUGAGAGGCAUCGCUUCUGGAAUGAGGUACCUGGCGGAGAUGAGCUACGUUCACCGGGAUUUAGCAGCGCGAAACAUUCUGGUGAACAGCAACCUGGUGUGUAAGGUAUCCGACUUCGGCUUAUCGCGUUAUUUGGAGGAGGAUACCUCUGACCCCACCUACACCAGCUCACUGGGGGGUAAAAUCCCAGUGCGGUGGACGGCUCCAGAGGCGAUUGCCUACAGGAAAUUCACUUCUGCUUCAGAUGUGUGGAGUUACGGGAUCGUCACCUGGGAGGUGAUGUCGUACGGAGAGAGACCUUACUGGGACAUGAGCAACCAAGAUGUAAUAAACGCCAUAGAGCAGGACUUCAGACUGCCAGCUCCCAUGGACUGCCCGGUAGUGCUGCACCAGCUGAUGCUGGAUUGCUGGCAGAAAGACAGAAACGCAAGGCCAAAGUUCUCUGACAUUGUCAGCAUGUUGGACAAAAUGAUCCGCAACCCUGCGUCUCUCAAAGCCGGCACCAGCAACAUGGCUCCUGGUCCUUCCCUUCAUCCUUUGUUAGACCGGGGAGCUCCAGAUCUGAGCAGGGUGAGCUCGGUGGAGGACUGGCUGGCUGCUCUGAAGAUGACCCAGUAUAGAGACUCCUUCAUCGGAUCGGGGUUCACAUCUUUGCCCCUGGUCACACAAAUCACAGCUGAGGAUCUGGAGAGGAUUGGAGUGUCUCUUGCAGGACACCAGAGAAAAAUACUGACCAGCGUUCAGUCGAUGAGGCACCACACUGAUGACCAGUCCCCCACUGAAUCUGUGUAGCUAUGGGUGAAGAAACACUUUGAUAUAUUUGACCAUUGUUGAGUCUGUGAGUGAACAGACUUUACUUGUUCUGAAGAUCUGUUAUUUUCCUUCACAGUCAUUAAAAACCCAUUUUAAAGACUCCAUUAAUGAUCUUGCAAUCAGUGGAGAUGUUUUUUAUGGUAUUUAGUCUCUGAAGUUGGAAUACCCCCCCUCUGGAAAUUCUCUGUACAGGUUUUAUUUGUUGAACAGACUGAAAACAGCAAUGAGCAACACUGUGGAAAAAGAAAACGACUGUCUGACCUGAAGGUUAUCUCCUGAAAGGAAAGAAGAAAAACCCCAAGUUCUGCUUGAAGGAUAAUUUUGACUUCAACCCCUUCGCUCCACAGGCCAUUUUCAUCAAACUCAAUCGUUUAAGGAAGACAGGGUGUUUUUUUUUUUUUACUUGAGGAUGAAUCAAACUAAGACUGUACUGUAAAAAGAAACUAGCUGAGGAGACUUUUGUGUGAAUGGACAAACUGGACCAAAAGCCUGUCAGAAAAUGUUUCUGGAUGCAAGAGCGACAGCAGGCCUUCUUGUUUCCAGCAUGUUGUGUUGUGAGUAUUUAUUUCAUUGUGUUUGUGAAAACUACAACCAUUUGAAUCUAGACUGUUUAAAUGGGACCUUUUUGAAUUGAUCUUCACAUUGAAGAGUUAGUAAAUAUCGUUAUUUGGGAAUUUCUUCCCUCGUUGUUCAUUUACUUAAGCCGUUGCUGUUUUGCAAUGUUAUUGGAGUAUUUGUGAUCUUUCCAUUUUAUUCAUCACUAGUGUAAACUCUAAAGUGCUGUUGAGUGGAGAUAAAAAACAUUUCCCAGUGCUCGGACAGAUGGCCCACAUAAAAUACAUAAUUCACACUUUUAAUGGAUGUUUUUGAUGUCCCGAGAGGGAAGGCAAAUGUGACGGUACGCCUGGAUGACAACAUGUAUAAAGACACAUCUCAGUCUAUUAUGGAAAAGUUUUUAGUUGAUCAAUUUUAAGAAUUACCUGAACAUAUGAUAUACUUGCAUUAAACACACAAGUAAUCAGAUAUUUUGUUAUGUAAAUUUUAAUGAUUGUGGCCAACAGCUACUGAAGCCUAAGACAUAGUUUCUCAGAAAAUUACAAUAUCAUGCAAAACCUAUAUAAACUGACUUUCAGAACAGAAAUGCUGUCCUGAUGAAAUGUGGUGAAUGCAGCACAGUGGACAUGAAGACUAAAGCAUGUUGGGGCAGAAUUAACAGGUAUUAAUGUAAGCUGGGAAAAUAGCAGCUCUGGAAAGCUCAUCAGCAGAAGUAAACAUGAUGUUUCCUGCUUGAUGUUGUGCUGACUUAAUAAAAUCCUGGACCAACACCAGCCGGCAACAUGGCUUCCAAAUCAUCACUGACUGCACCAGGAUAAACACACAUUUUGUGCCUCUCCAAAAAAACGUUGUUACCCAAACUACUAAUUAAAUACAAAAAUCACUUUUAUCUGAAAAUUCGACACCAUGCUGUAAAUCUCACAUUCUUUUGCUUGUACAAGCUUGUUGCUUGUAAAUUUGUUUUUAGCAAUUUUUUUCUUCCAGUCAACUUUCCAUUUUUACACUGGGAUACAACAGGACCUUUUCAUGCUUACCAUCAUGGAAGAGGUGACUUUCAUAUGAUAUUCAUGAUUUUAUAUAAAUUUCCUGGCCAAAUCAUUGUAUUUCUGAAUGAAAAAUCUUUUUUUUCCCUGAUCUUACAGAAUAUUUACAUUUUCAGAGAAACUGAAUAUUGGAAUAAUACAGUUAUUGGUCAUAAUUAUUCAAAUUAACUGAAGAUGCUGGAAACGUAUCACUGCAUGAAAUGAAUAGUUAAUACAUGAUUUAUCACUUUUUGAAUUAAGGCAUUAACAUUCAUCGAUUUGUUUAUAAUAUUCUAAUUCAUUGGUAUGCGCCUGCAUUGAUUUCCCACCUACAAAGUAAAUCAAUUACCUGCUAUAUGCUGAGGUGUGGCGGAAGAAAGCAGCUUAAGAGACUGUGUGAAGUGAGACAAUAACAGCCGUCCACAAUAUCUCAGAGGAGGUAUUGUGUUCCCAUGUCUGUGUGUUUUGGCUGCAGAUCCUAAAUCUGAAACCCAGUCAAGUGUUAAUACAGUGCAUGAACCAACUAGAAAUCCGGCGUUCAUCUUCUGUCCAUGACAAAUCUCAGUUCUGUCUAAAGUGUAUGGCUGGCAUCCAGAUGGCAUUCUUCGUCCUGCAGCAGGCAGUCUGGCUACACUUCCUGCUGUUGGACAUGUCUUUGUUACCAGAGUUUGUUCCACAUUGACGCCUCUGAUUAAAACUGUUGGAGUAGUUUGUAGAUCAAAUAGGGUCAAGCGACCUAUUUGUGUGCUCACCUGCGGACAGCAACCUUUUUAACACCCUCAAAAUUGAUUUGUUACAGUGAAGAUUAUGCAGGAAUUCUUUGCGCCAGCAGGUACAUUUGCUGAUUGUUUGUCCCGUUUCAGUCGUUGAUGAAAUGUUUGAUUCUCUUGUGAACGAGGCCUGAUCUUAUUGUGGAGAAGAAGUGCUUUUAUCUCAGCACGGGGUGGAUUACCAGCUGUGAAACAACUGCAGUCUCCAACCCAAACCUCCAGCAUCUCAAGGAUUACCCUUCAGUUGCUCUGUUUGGGUGUUAGAAUUUUAUUCGUCAUCGGCUGAGAGCCCCGAUUCACAACGACAGGAAGUGACACUGUUUGCUUUCACUAGUACAAACUCUGCCUGUGUUUGUCUCUCAGCACUGCUCCCUGUUGCUUCGGUCUCUUUGUUUCUGAACAUUGUGACAUUGGAAUGUCAGAACCUCCAAAAAUGUUCAGUUUCCACUUUUUUUUUUUCUCACUCAAACUCUGUCCUCACGGCGCAACCGCAAUUGCGUUUGUUGCCUGGCAACGGCAGCUUAUUGAACAUUUUAUCAGGAAGUAUUGAGAUCAACUGGGAGCACGUCAGCGGUUCAGAGGAAUAAUUUGUUGUAAAUAGAUGCCUCUGGAAAAACAGGCUCAGCGAUAGCUAGGGGGUUUAAUAAAGAAUGAGACAAGUCGUGUUCCUAAAAGCUCAUACUGAAUGCUGCCUAAAAAUGUCAAGCACAAGAAAUGAAAGCUGUGAAAAUGGGCAUCAUAUAACACGCAUUUCUAGGCACUUUGAAACCACUUCUUAUGUUAUUUAUAUCUCCCUUUUAGAUAUGUGCUUUACAGGAAAUUUGGCUGGUUAGCAUGUCAAUGUGAACUAAUAUAAGUUCAUGUGUUGAGUUUGACUGUGACGAUUUAGUGCCCUCCAAGUUACAAAUGAAUGAAGUAAAGAUAAAUUCAGAUUUUGAUUGCAGCAGCUAAAAAUAUCAUUCUGAGAAAUGUUAGGAAAUCCAACCUUCAUUUUAAGAAUAGUUAAGUUGGAAAAAGUCUGGCAUUUAGAUUAAAGUUACUGUCAUACCUAACAAUUUCUUUAACAUAUAUUAAAUGUAAAUCAAUCAUUUUCAUUGAUCUCUGCGUCUUUUAUUUUUUAUCAGUAAUGUAAGAUUUCCUGUCAGUCACUUUAUCAAGACAUCAUUGGAGUAGAGCAGGCAUGAGUUGAUCUAAAUAAAUCAGAAAAUGUUCACAACAGAGAGACGGAUCAUUUACUGCAGAGCUGUCUUGUUCCUGAAUCGUUCUUAAAAGAUAAAUCCAGACACUGAUGUCAGUGAAAAUCAGAGAUUAGUUUGGAUGUUUGUAUGUAAACAAGACUUUAAGCACAAAGAGCUGAAACACUGUAAUUAUAACUGGCACCUGCUGUGUCUACUCAAGGCUGAAAUACACAUUUGAGAAGUGUUUCCAUAUUUCCACUAAAAGGAAAUAUUGUGAGGUUAUUUUUGUCUUAUUUAAAAAAAUGUCUAAAAAUGAAUGUGCUGCAAAUCAUUUGAUAGUGUCGAUUUUUCUCAUAGAGCAAUGAAGAAAUUUCAAGAACAGCCCAGUUUAUGCAUCAACACAUUUGAUAUUUACAAGGUCAGAUCCAACCAAAUGCAUAGAGUGUUUAUUAUCAGGGACUAAUAAGUAAAUACUUACCUAAAAUCCCAGCAUGCAUUCAGCUGAAUGGCAACUGCAAAGACAAGUCAACAAAAUCUUUGAAAUUUGUUUUUAAACAAAAUUCAAAAUUAUAACUUUACAUUCGUCAUACAAAGGUUCUAUUUUCUUUGUCUUGGACUGUUGAGGACUUAGUUUAGUUUUUCUUUUGCUCUCUUAACCUUUAUACAUACUGCAGUAUUCUUAAGCAGUAAAUAAAUUCACCAUCAGAGCUCAAUGUUUAAAACUUAACUUUGUUUUUGACCUGCAAAGGUUUGGACUUUUGCUUGGAUUCAUCCUUCAAACCUGUCAGUCUGAGUGUCCAAAGCAAAGGGAUUUGUAUGAGGGGCCGUUUAGGACAAAAUUUACGUU